AUGGUCAGCUUUAACGGGCAGGUGUUUGGGAGCGACAUGCAGUCGACUAUUGAUCGUACCUGGGCAUCCACCGCACUUGUUGACCGCGUCGCCCCGUCGCCGAUUCGUAAAGUGAAGAAGUGGAAGGAGGCCGUCGAAACAAUUCUCGAAUCGUUCAACGAGCCCGCCGAAGACACUGUUUCUACGAAGAUGGUCUGCCAGCGUUCCUUCCCGUCGUACACCCCGGUCUUCUAA